UCCCACCCUGCAUUGCAGUGCUCACAACUGAACACAAUAUCCUGAUAAAGACACUCGAUAGGACAACACGGACUUCAACCGCGCAGUCAUGCUGUACUUCGCUCUGUUUUUCGUCUCCGCAGCCGUCGCCACCCCCCUGUUGGGUACUGAACAGUGUGCCCGUGGUCCCCACUACUGGUGCCACAAUGUGAAGACUGCCUCCAUCUGUGGAGCCGUAGUCCACUGCCAGCAGAACGUAUGGAACCAGCCCCAGAUGAAAUCUGUGCCAUGUGACCUGUGUAAGGAGGUGCUGGCUGUGGUGGACCAGCUGCUGAAAGACAAUGCUACUGAGGGUGAGAUCCUGGGCUACAUGGAGAAGGCCUGUACCUUGAUCCCUGACAAGAGCCUGUCUGCGGAGUGUAAGGAGCUGGUGGACAGCUACUACCCCAUCCUCGUGGGUAUCAUCACUGGAGAACUGGAGGACCCCCAGGUGGUGUGUGGUGCCAUGGGUCUGUGUGAGACCCAGCAGGCAGCUCUGGCCAGGCUGGCUGUACUCCAGUCCAACCAGAUCCCCCAGCUCACGUCCAAUGAGAUCCCUCGGGUAGACCUGGCCCAGAGGGUCGCCCCCUUCCUCCUCAACGUCCCCGGGCUCCUCUACCCCCAGCAGGAAGCUGCCCCAAAACAGCAGGAAGCUGCCCCAAAACAGGAGAGUGGAGACGUGUGUGAGGACUGUGUGAAGUUCAUCACAGACACCCAGGACGAGGCUAAGAGCAACUCCACCUUCGUCAACUCUCUGAUCGAACAGAUCCAGAACCAGUGUGACCUGCUGGGACCUGGCAUCUCUGACCUGUGCAAGCAGUACGUCAGCCAGUACGCUCCUCUCAUCGUCCAGCAGCUUAUGUCCAUGGAACAGCAACCCAAGGAUAUCUGUGCCUUCGCUGGCUUCUGCUCUGCUGAUGUGAAGAGCUCUGUCCCCAUGAUGAAGCUGGUGGCCGCCAAGGCCAUCCCCGUUGCCAAGGCCAUCCCUGCUGUCAAACUGGUUCCUGCCACUAAGAUGGAGGCUGUCAAGCCUGCCAAGAACAUGGUCCGUGCCCGUGACUCGCCCCAAUGUGGCGUAUGCGAGUUCAUGAUGAAGGAGGUGGAGGCCAUGCUGGAGGAUGAGCAGACUGAGCAGGAUGUGGUGCAUGCUGUGGAGAAGGUGUGCUCUGUGCUGCCCUCCUCCCUGUCGGCCCAGUGUAAGGACCUGAUUGAGGCCUACGGCCAGGCCAUCAUUGAGCUGCUGGUACAGGAGGCUGACCCUAAGACUAUCUGCACCGUGCUGGGGCUCUGCAAGGACGCCAGCCGCGCCUUCAUCCCGGUUCUGGACCAGGCCCAGGUUGAGGCGGGUGGUUACUGUGACGUGUGUAAGAUGGCUGUGCGGUACAUCGACGGGAUCCUGGAACAGAACGCCACAGAGGCACAGAUCGAAGACGCAGUCAGGAAAGUCUGCAGCUUUGUCCCAGAGGCCGUGAGGACCGAGUGUGACCAGCUGGUUGAGCAGUAUGAGCCCAUGCUGGUUCAGCUUCUGCUGCAAAUGUUGGACCCUGACUUUGUCUGCAUGAAGGUGGGGGUGUGUCCUGAGGCAGUGCGAAGGCUUCUGGGUAUGGAGCAGUGUAGCUGGGGACCCGCCUUCUGGUGCAAGGAUAUGGACACAGCAAAACGCUGCAACGCGGUGGCACACUGCAGACGUCACGUGUGGGAAUAGAUCGGAGGAGAACGCCUACCUAAAUCUGAACCUUUGGGAAAUAUAAGGAGGAACACUAGCGCUGCUUUUAGUUUUAAAUCAAUGAAUACAUGUCACCGGUUUUUAAGGAAUUUAAAGGUUUUGCAGUUGUUUAAUUUAAUCGUCGGAUUUUUUUUUUUUUUGAGGGGAGGGAGUGGGGAAGCCUUUUUUCAGUUGG